AAAGCUUUGAGAACUGAAGGGGGGAAUGUAUCGCAAUCCUUGCCUGUAACAAACAAAAUCCUUUGUUCCCUCACACGGAAAAGGGCUUUCUUCCCAAAGCAAUCAUGGCGUCGAAAACAAACCAGGAAAUCCACUCUUCACGCCACCUAAUGGCCGCCUGGUGGAAAUGCAAAGAUGAACAAUUCAGUGGGUUGCUGUGAGUUUUCCCGGCUGUAUGGCCAUGUUCCAGAAGCAUUUUCUCCUGACGGUUCUCUCACAUCAAAACAGGCAUUCUCAGAAGUUAUGAGGCCAAAGUCAUCAGCAUGUAUAAAGCCUUUUGUGAGUGGUGGCUGUGGCUGAUCGUUAGUAAAGAUGUUAAACAAGGUCUGUGCAAGAAUGCUGCCUUGAGGACCAGCUGUUCCCGAGGAGUGUCUGGCUGGAGCCAUAUGAUCUUAUCAACAUAUUUCAGAGCUGUACCUAAACACUGACAAAGCCUCUUGUGCAGCUAUGACUGUCGUAGAGGAAACUCGUCCGUUCGCCCAACAACUAUCCAAUGUAUACUUUACGAUACUUUCACUUUUCUGCUUUAAGCUCUUCGUGAAAAUCAGCCUGGCAAUACUAAGCCAUUUCUAUAUUGUAAAAGGGAACCGUAAAGAGGCAGCAAGAAUAGCUGCUGAGUUUUAUGGAAUUCCUCAAGAACAAGGUUCUUGGGCAGAUCGUUCGCCAUUACAUGAAGCAGCAAGUCAAGGCCGCCUUCUUUCUCUAAAGACUUUAAUUGCACAGGGAUAUAAUGUUGAUGCUCUAACCAUUGACCAAGUGACUCCACUUCAUGAAGCCUGCCUGGGAGAUCAUGUGGGAUGUGCUAGACUCCUUCUUGAAGCGGGAGCAAAUGUGAAUGCUACGACGAUUGAUGGAAUGACCCCCCUCUUCCAUGCAUGCUCAAGAGGAAGUGCACCUUGUGUAGAGCUUCUUUUGGAGUAUGGGGCCAAGGCUCAGUGGGAGACAUGUCUUCCUUCACCGACCCAUGAAGCAGCCAGCAGAGGCCAUAGUGAUUGUCUGGAACUGCUGAUCUCUUGGGGCAUAGAUGUUGACCAAGAUAUUCCUCACCUCGGAACCCCUCUAUAUGUGGCUUGCAUUUCACAGCACAAACAAUGUGUCCGGAAGCUUCUUUAUUCAGGUGCAAAUGUACAAAAAGGAAAAUUUUUGGAAACUCCAUUACAUGCAGCUGCAAGGCAAUCCAAUCCAGAAAUAAUAAGCAUGCUUCUUGACUUUGGGGCAGAUAUAAAUGCCAAAAAUACAGAGUUUGAACGACCUAUAGAUGUAGCUUCUCCCAGCACUUUGGUGGAAAGAGUAUUGCUUCUUCAUGAAGCUACUCCGUGUUCUCUUUGCCAGCUGUGUCGGCUACGUAUUCGAAACUACAUUGGGAGAGCCAGGUUGCAUCUUGUACCACAACUCCAGUUGCCCACGAUACUGAAAGACUUCUUACAGUAUAGAUAAAUGUACUGACUAGCUUUGCAGUACUUGAAGAACAAGUAUUUUAUGUUAUGUUCUAUGUGAAAAAUGGUUGGGAUGGGAAAGGGGAAUGUGUCUAAACUAAGGGUGCAUUUACACUGUGAAAUUCAUGCAGUUUGACACUACUAACUGCCAUGGCUCAAUGCUAUGGGAGCUGUAAUUUCACAUGUCUAUAGCCUUCUGUGCCAAAGAGUGCUGGUGCCUCACCAAACUACAACUCCAUGAAUUCCAUAGUAUUGAGUCAUGACAGUUAAAGUGGUGUCAAAUUGUAUUAAUUCUGCAUUGUGGGUGCAACCUAAGUUUUGUAUACUUAUGUAUAUUUGGCAACUAAAAAUAUAAUCUGACAGUAUUUUGGAUCCUUGAGCAACCCACUGAUAAGGUGCUAAUAUAUUUCAGUAUGACAGAAAUCAUUCAUAUCCUGGCAGCAUGUUACACACUGCACUAUAGCAUUUAAUGAUGAUCAAACAAAGGCUGUACGUUGCACUGGGAAUGUACAGUUGUUCUUGUGAGGAUACUGCUGUCUCUUCUCUGAUUAUUUUGUUAUUUGAGGCAGAAUGACAUUUUCCUAGCAGUGCCACACUGGCAGUUGGCAAUUUUUGCAAUUCUUUCCUCUCUUCCAUCUUUUGUAGGAAGGAGGGCUUACCAGUUCUUCUCUUUCGUCCCCCCUGAACACAACUGGGGAAUAAUACUGUAAUUUAUUUUUAUUUUUCUGAACAUCAAGGUUAAGUGAGGAUGUAGUUCAUUUAAAUGCUGUUGCACACCUCAAAACUGGCAUUAGUUGUCAGGAGCAACAGCUUUUUAGUGGGCUUAUAGGCCAAGGUGCAUCUUACAAACAAUGAACAUUUUACAAACACAUAACCCUGCCACCAAGGCCUGAACAAGUGUCAUUACCUUUACCAUAAAAUUUAUAAGUCAACCAUUAAACAAAUGUCAUAUCCAAAAUUCCUGACCAACCAGGUUGUAUUGUUUUACCUUUUCACUCUCUAGAACAUAUUUAAUAAAAAUUGACCAAUAUAAAUCAAAAUCUGAUCUAUUAGUUAUCCCCCUGUACACCUUCAUUUCCAUUGAUAGUUUAUCAUUUAAGGUUAUGUUCCAUACCUCCCCAUACCAUGCUUCCAACAUGAAAUUGUUUACUAUCUUCCAAUUCCUUGCAAUUAUAAAUCUCCCCAGGUGCAUCUAUAUUGUACUAUUAAUGCAGUUUGACAUCAUCUUUACUGCCUUGGCUUAAUGGUAUGGAAUCAUGGGAGUUAUAGUUUAGUGGGGCAACAGCUCUCUGUGGCAAAGAAGGCUAAAGACCUCAUAAAAUUAUCACUCCCAUAAUUCCAUAGAAUUGAGCCAUGGCAAUUAAAAUAGUUUCAGACUUAAUGUAUUCUACAGUGUAAACACACUCAUAUUUAAAGACUUAAGUGAAAUAAUGUUAAUAUCAAGCACCAAAAUUCUCAUGAUACUGUGCCGUAAUGGGGGGGGGGGGGGGAGAGAGAGGAGAGAGUUCGGUCUGGUACAAUCUACACAAGAUUGUAUGUAAUCUUACAUUUUAAUUAUUGUUUGGUUUGUUGUAUUCUGGUUCAGGAUGUUUGUUAUGUAUGCAUCUAGAAAUGUGAUGUCUCUAAUAUAUAUAUAUAUAUAUAUAUAUAUAUAUAUAUAUAUAUAUAUAUAUAAAAUCUGAAAGAUAAUAUAAUAAGUGUGUCAUUUUUCUUCCUGUUCACCCUGCUUAAGCAGUUAAUAAAGCAGAUGCUGUGUAUUCA